AUGAAGGAUAUGUUAGAUAGCUUAAUUAUCAAGUUUCAUGAAGCCGCAAUAAAUGAUUCUGGUCUUUAUGUUUUAGGCAUUCAGGGAUUGGUAAACAACUUGGUAGAUAGGCUUAACAAUCUUAUCAAUAUUGACAUUGGAACUCUCCCUCCAAGAUGUCCUCUAAACAUUAUGAAAACACCACAUUUGCCACCAAGGAAAAGGAAAAUAAAAGCACCUAAAGAUUAUGAAAAUAAUUAA